AUCACCUGGUUAUCUUUAUCAAUCUAAACCGUUAUGGAUCCCGUUAAUCCUACAAAGGAGGCCAUUAAGGAGGCGAAUGACUUAAAGCUCGAGGCAAAUAAGGCAUUUGCAAAGCAGGAAUAUAAGAAGGCUGCUAAAAUAUAUCGUGAUGCUCUCAAGAUUCAUUUCAACCCUGUGCUUCUCAGUAAUCGAGCCAUGUGUUUCAUCAAAUUAAAAGAUUGGGAUAGAGCUAUUCGAGAUUGCAGUCGUGGAAUUGAAAUUGCAAUGCCAGAUGAUGCUGUAAUUGUUAAGCUAUGGUACAGAAAGGGUAUUGCCCAUGUAGGAAGGAAAGACAUUCCAUACCAUGCCAGAACAGCAUUCCAAACUACCUUGCAACAUGAUCCAAAAAAUACAGCAGCACUUCAAGCUUUGGAUGACUUGAACUCAACCAUGGCGGAUAUCCCGGUACGUAUUAGGGAAAAUGCAAAUUGGGUUAGUGUUCCCAUGGAAGUGGUGGAGGAGCUCCCAAAUUAUUAUCAGAGUUGGUUGAAGAAGGAAAAGUUUACCGAGGAAUGUUCUAAGGAACCUUCAGAAAGAGCCAGUCGUGAGAUUGAACAGAUGUUUGCCAAAACUAAAGCAAAGUCGGAAUCGAAGGAGCCUAAAAAUUCCCCACAUACCCGUUCCCCCUCUGAUCAGGAACGAGUGAGUUUUACUAGAAGACGGACUAUGCAUUACUUGUCAACCUUAUCAAAUCUUAGUCAUGAUCGCAAAUUCAGCGCUUACCAAUAUGUGCUUGAAUUGCCACCUCUGGAAUACAAAGAAAUAUUUGAAGCUGCUGGUAUGGACUCAGAUUUCCUUGGUUUCUUUAUGGAGGCUGCAUCUCUAUAUGGCCACAACAACUUUGAGCAUUGGAAGAGUAUAAUUUUAGAUCAUUUAGAGACAUUCUCCACUUUACCUCGGUAUCGUUUGGGCCUUCUGAUGUGUUCCAAGGAGAAUAUAAAUAAACUUCUAAGCCUAGCUAAUGGAGACGUGUUAUAUGAACGGUUCAAGAGAGUGCUUCUCUAAUUGUUAUUUAUCAUUCUCUACUAUAUGUUAACUUUAUCA